UUAGCGCGCACCAACGGAAUCGUUUGACAAACGUAAUGUUGUUUUGAAACAAAGUUCACACGCUAAGCAAAAAUGAGGUAAAAAUUCACAACUGAAAAUGGAGAGUGAGAGUGACACAGAGAACGAACAAUUGCAACAUGAUAUUCUUCAGAUAAACGAGGUCCUCGGCCAAGGUGAAGACGAAGGAGACGACAGUGAUUGGGAACUUGAAAUAGAUGACACGACGAAGGCAGCCGACGACGACCACUCGAUAGUUUUCAUUGAUGAUGGAUUAGUUGAGACCAAUGAACAUAUUGACCAGCACUAUUCAGAGACCACUCAACCAAAUCAACCGAGCACAUCAGAGGAGUGUUCCCUAGAGAGCUUGCUACUCAUCAACCAAGAAAGCCAGAGGAAUCUCCAGGAAUUGUUAAUCAGAGUUGACGAGGAACUAGAGAGAAAUCAAAAUGAGCAAGUUCAAGUUGCGAAGAAUCCAAGUAAUCGAGAAGAGAGAAAUAUUGACCUGUCCAUCAUGGGCCUCUUCAGAGAUUAUAUGGAGCUACUACAAGACAGUUCAGGAAAAAAGCCCCCAAAGAAUGAGGACACUAAGCAGAGGAUGUCUGGUGAUCGACCGGGUCCAUUUGUGAUGAAGCAAAAAAGAUGGAAUGACAAUCAGUGGGAGAAAUUGCUGGAAGCCGUCAGGACGGAAGGUCAGAAACGAGCUAUGCAGCCAAUCCUAAAUCGUAUAGAAAUCUUAGAGAUGAAGAUGGAACAGCUGAGUGUCCCAGAGGUGUUGGAGAAGGUCUACGAAGAACUCGCAAUCAAUAAGAAGGAACUGGUCAAAACCGAGUCCAUCCCAAUAGAAGAGCUGCUUGGAGACCGUUUUAGAGAAAUAGAUUGGGAUACAACUGCUAAUGUUCACCUUGACGCAGAACGUUCAGCAAAGGAAUGCCAACUGCAGUGGCAGAACUUACUCCAUCCAUCCAUCAGUCGCAAGAAAUGGACAGCAAAAGAGAAGGCAGAUCUGAUGCUUAUCGCUUCUAAACAUGAAAAUAAGAACUGGGAGGCCAUUGCUGAAGAACUAGGGACUGGAAGAACUGCUCUCCAAUGCUUACGUGUAUUCCAGCUGCAAGACAAGAAUUUUGUUAAACCGACUUUUACUGACCAAGAGGACACCAUACUUGUAGAGUUGGCCGAGCGCCUUCAAGUUGGAAAAUACAUCCCUUUCCCAAAAGUGGCUUACUUCAUGGAAGGACACACCCAGGUCCAAGUGAUAUACCGUUGGAUUAGACGAGUUGAUCCAGCCAUCAAGACGGGAAAAUUCACUAAAGAAGAAGAUGAUAAAUUGAAGAAGUUGAUCAAUACAUAUGGAGCAAAGAACUGGGCCCGGUUGGCUGAGCUUAUGGGCGGACGUACGCAGUUUCAGAUCAGACAUCGAUGGAUGACUGUCUUGUCACCAUCUAUCAAGUUGGGGCAUUGGGACUACGAAGAAACAAUGGAAUUCUUACAGAAGGUCAAAGAACAAGGAGUGGGUAACUGGUCAAAGAUAGCAGAAGUUCUGCAGAAGAAUCCAGAUGAAAAGGCGAGAACAUCUUACCAUCUCCUGCAACGCUUCAAAAACCUGGUUAUCUCGUACAUGACAUGGAGAAACAAUAAAUGUGAAUCCGACAGCAAUAUUGAGGGUGGGAAUGAAGUCGAUCUGCUUGGUAGCCAGCUAGCUGAUAAACUACUGGUGUUUGUACCAAUGAAAAAGCGAGAGAAGGAAGAAGCAAUAGCAAGAAGGCUGGCAAGAGAAGCAGCAAAAGCCAAGAAAAGAAAAUUAGCUGCCAAAAAGAGGAAAAGGAGACGGAAAGUUGAGUCCUCUGAUGAGGAGGAAGAGGAGAGUGAAGAGGAGGAGGAGGAGGAGGAGGAAGAUCUAGAUGGUCUUAAUGAUUUUGAUGAUCUUGAUGAUCCUGACGAUUGUUAUGGGGAUCAGCAAUACAUGACGGCAAGACAAAAAUUCUUAGCACAGAGGAAAGAACUUGAGCAAGAACUGGAAGUUGAUCCGUACGAUGCAAGAAACGAAGAAGAUGAAGAUGGAAUAGAAACUAACAACGCCGCUGGCUCAAGUACAGGGUCAAUCGAGCAAAGGAACCAAAUGAACACCGUUUCAAACCAUCUUUCAGGAUGGCAACAAAAAUUAAAUGACAGAGAUGCUGCCUCAAAAAGAGCUCACGUUCCAGAUGGACUUCCUUCCGCUAAAUACGACCCAGAGGGUAUGGGCCUACCAAUGUGGAUGGAAAGACUCAAACACAAGGAAGGGGUUAAGAUAAAGAAGGGCUCAGGACGGAAGCCUUGUUCUGAACUUGAUGUGGCGCUUGUAGAGGCAGUGAAUCCUAUGUGGAUAUGUCGAGGAAAGGGGUGUGGACGUCAAAGCAGCCGACAAAUAGGCAUGCAAAAGCGAACCAGGCAAGAGAAGCUGAGUCCUGAUGAUCAGAAAAUGAUGUUCAAGCUUCUGCUCAAGGUGCUUGACGUUGAUAUUGAGUAUGCAAGUACAAAGGUGAGAUUCUCUUUAGAAGUACCUUCAGGGGCAAAUGCAAUAUCUGAGGAGACUCUGCCAGUCAUCCCAACUACCCAAGGGACAUCGGGUGAAGCAGACACUGCCUGUCAAAAAGCAGGCACUCAUAAUACCCCAGGAGUGACCAGUGACUCGACGGCAUCGACCAGAUGCACUCAAUCAGCCUCUGGUGGCUGGAGUGUUGAAACAACAAGGGGGUGUCGAACAGUGACAGCUUCUACUCAACCAGUAACCCUCGGCCAUCAAGGAGUGAUCAGUGGCCUGCAAGGACUUACCUAUGGCCCACAAUCAAUAGCGGGUGGUUUGCCAGUAGUUGGCCCUCAAGUAUUGAGAGCUGGCACCUCGGCAAUGGCAACCAGCCGUUUUCCUGUGCACAACUUUCCUUUCGGAAUGAACACUGGCCAUCAAGUUGUGAGAAUUGGCCAGCAAACGAUGAUAAUGGGCCAACCAUCAUUAAUCGCUGCCCCUUUAGGUACAACCAGUGGCUCUUAUCGAGUAGUUACAGGUGGCUCUCUUUCACAAAAUAGGGGCCUUCAGGCUGGGACUAGUGGCCAUCAGAAGCUAGUCAGUUACCUACCAGCUUUAGCAACUUUCCCUCAAGCAGUAGCCAGUGGACCUCAAGUACAUGCCAAUGACCUGCAGACAGUAGCUGGUAACUUUCAAGCAGUAGUUAGUGACCCUCCAGCAGUGACCAAUGUCCCACAAACAUUAGCCAGUGACCCUCAAUCAGUGAACAUUGUCCCACCUGCAGGAUCCAAUGGUCCUGAAAUGGUGACCUGUGUUCAACAAGUAGUAGCCAGUGGCUCUCAAGAGGUAGCCAAUGUCCCUCCAGCAGUAGCCAGUGGCCCUGGAACAAUGACUAGUGUCCCUCCACCAGUAGCCAGUUGUCCUGGAACAAUGACCAAUGUCACACAAGCAGGAUCCAGUGGUCCUAGAACAAUAACCAGUGUUCCACAAGCAGUAGCCAGUGGCCUUCAAGAGGAAGCCAUUUACCAUCCAGCAAUAGCCAGUGACGCACAAGCGUCGACCAGUCUCCCACAAGCAGUAGCCAGUGACCAUCAAUCAGUGACCAGUGACCCUCAAGAAGUAACUAGUGACCCUCUGGCAGUUACCAGUGUCCCACAAAGAGCAGACAGUGGCCUGCAAGAGGAAGCCAGUGUCCCACAAGUAAUUGCCAGUGACCCUCAAGAAGUAACUAGUGUCCAACAAGCAGUAGCUAGUGACCCCCAAUCAGUGACCAGUGUCCCUCCUGCAGUAGCUAGUGGUCCUGGAGCUUUGACCAGUGUCCCAAAAGCAGUAGCAAGUGAUCCGCAAGAGGUAGCCAGUGUCCCACCAUCAGUAGCCAGUAGUCCCCAGGCAGUUGCCAAUGUCUCACAAGUAGUAGCCAGUGGCCUGCGGGCAGAAACUAGUAACCCCCAAAAAGUAACAAGUGGCACAAAAUCACAUAAAACUAGCACAAAAACAUCGAGUCAUAAUGUUUCUCAGACAGAAAAGGCAUCAAAGGAUGACAAGACCAACAAAAGCAGUCCACGGCGUCCAAAAGGGAGAUCACUGAGUGUACGUCAGAAGUUAGAACUGCAGCGAGGCAAACUUAGAAAAACGGUAUCAAGUUCUUCAGAUAACGUGACCAAAACCAGCUCUUACUGGACUCCACUCCUGAGCAGUCCCAGAAAUCAAUUCGGUCUGCCGCGCCAUUUUACAGUGGGAGGUACUGGCAGUCCAACUCAUGUUCAGUCUGGUUUCAACCAAAACUUGGCAUUGGCAGGGAGAACAAAUGCUGGUCAGAACCAAAGCCAACAUACAAGUUUACUUUCUGGAGCUGCCUCUAGUACCGUUCAUCGUCAAGGAAGUCUUAUACCAGUUAGGAAUUUGGCACAGGUCUCAAACACUGCACUUGGCACACCAGGCGCUGCCUCGGAAAAGUUUGUGAUGUUUCGUGACAAACAAACAGGACAAAUGUUGUUAUCUCCAUUACGUGCGCCUUCAGGUGUAGUGCACAAAUUGCCUGAAGGAUUGAUAAGUAGCCAAUCCAAAGUGAUGUCACCCUCUCCUGUUACACAGAGUCAAGGGACUCCUAGCUAUCAGCAAAGCCUUCUUUCAGGAGCAGCCCAACAACACAACCAGUUGGGCCCUCAUCCAGCUGCCCCUCCAACUGGCUCUCAUCCAGCUGGCGCUCCAACUCCCAUUACAUCUGGGAAUACACAACUGCAUUUACCUCCUCCUACUGCAUCACCAUCGCAUGACCCUUUAAGUGCAGCAAACACUUUAAAGGCACUUUCACGAAUGAUGACUUCUUCUGGAACAGGUGUGAAUACACCAGCAAGUCAAGAGACUCGUAUGAACAGUGGUACCCUCCCUCAAUCAUUGCCCUUGUUUGAACCUCGUACCCCACAGAUUCAACGUUGCACCAUACCAUCAACCAUGAGUCUGUCACCUGCCCUCCAAAAUGUUGGGUCCCUUGCCCCACAACAGCAGCACAUUACCAGGCCUCAUAAAAGGAAUCCACAUACAGCCUUGGCUAACUCUCAUGAAUCACAGCCCAAACAGCAAUCAAAUGCGGCACCUGUCCAUUCUGAAUCAGCAUCAAAGCAGUUUGAUGCCCAGCAGUCCUCGUCAGUGGUACAUAACACAAGUGACUUGGCAAAAGCAAAUUUAAAGAGUCUAUCUUUACCCAACGGAACCAAACUAGUCAUCACCUCGGAUCAGUUCAAGUCCUUGCAGAAGGGUAAUCUUGGCGAUGUCACUGGCCAUAUCUUGACGCCCUUGCCUAGUUCACAUGAAAAGAAGAAGAAAAAGAAGUCCAAGAAGGACAAGCGACGCCGAGCUAAAUUGAAAAGGAAACGUGCCAACUUGAAGAAACUCAGGAAGCAGUCCAAGGAACAAAGUGAAGAAACAUCAACAGAGGCUGACAAAGUAGAUCCACCACCCAUCAGGAAGAGAAAGUUGCAUACGAAAGACAUCUCCCUCCUCCCCCCAAACGUUGCAACCAUCCAAGGUCUGAAAUCGCUCCUUCUUGACCGCAAGAACUUGGAGGAAAGAAGAGACAAGUUCAUGUCAGAACUAGAAGAGCGGUUAAUGAAAUCAGCCAAAGCUGAUGGGAAACAGACGAUACAUUUCAGUGGCUACCUUGAAGGCAGGAAAACUGCUCAGGACAAAAUGAGAGAAACUGUUGUACCCCCAACCACCCUCCUGCAUGCAGAACCAGGGUCAUCUAACAACCAACAAGAGAGUGUUACCUCUGAAUCCCAGUUACAACUUAAUGAUGUUGCUCCAACUAACUCAAGCACAAAUGACUCUGAAGGUCCUGCAAAGGCUACAUCCCCUCAGGAGUUAGUCGAAGAGCACCUUUCAUCUUUGAAGAAAACGGACUCUUACCAGCUCUUGCAGAGGCGCUUUCUCUCGAUGUUCCUCUGGCCGGGGCUUCUCUCAUCCACUCGAAUCAAAGGAACGAUUUGUAUACGGGGUGGGGAUAGAGAGUCCUGUUUUGAGAUGCCUAGUAAACCAAAACCGGUGAAGAAAAAUAGAGAGACACGUGGAGGGCAUGGACCUGUUGCGAAAGAACUUGCAGAUCAAUCCAGCCAUAAAAACACUGAUGUAACAUUGGAAAGUCAGAGAGCAUCUGUAGGAUUGGUGCAAGAUCAGUCUGUAGUUGAAGUUGGUAGAAGCAAGACCCAUAGCAGCAAAGACCAAUAUAGUGGAGAUCAAGCACCAUCGACAUCUGGUCAUUGUGGUGUGCAAAACCCAGCAAUGAACAGUGUUGGUGUGGUUCCUGGAAAUAUAGGUGGAACGAGAAACAAUGACCAUGUGGUCCGGGCGAGAGGAAAGAAGAGGAAAGCUGACGACAGGCCAUCAUCUUUAUUUCCCCACACUGAGGAUGAGGAACAGAGAAUGAAUGAAGGAGAUGAUUAUUCGGGUAUUCCACAGAAUAGAAAGAGAAAAGUAAAUGAUGCAAACAAUACGGAUGCUAUGAAGGCACUGUUUGCCCUUCAAAACUUUGCCGUAUGACGUAGUGAAGAGAAGUAUAUCCAAUAGCUUUUACAUGAAGGUUAUAAGAAUGAACUGUGGGUACAACAAUGUAGUAUAUCUCUGUUGAGGGAGUGUCGUGGCCGAGCGGUUAAGAGCACCGAAUUCAAACUCUGGUGCUUCUGAUCAGCAGAGUGUGGGU